AUGGAGCCCGGAGCUCGCCUCUGCCUCGCCCUCUGCCUCGCCGGCGUCCUCCCGGCCCCGGGCUGCCGGGCGGCGCCGGGAAGGUUCGCCUACAAACUGCUCCACGACCUCUUCGCCAACUACUCCAGCGCCCUGCGCCCCGUGGAGGACACGGACCGGGCGCUCAACGUCACCCUCAAGGUCACCUUGGCCCAGAUCAUCGACAUGGACGAGAGGAACCAGGUGCUCACCUCCUACCUGUGGGUCCGCCAGACCUGGCUGGACGCCCACCUCACCUGGGACAAGGACGAGUACGGCGGCAUCGACAGCAUCCGCAUUCCCAGCAGCUACGUCUGGCGGCCGGACAUCAUCCUCUACAAUAACGCCGACGAGCACUUCGGCGGCUCCAUGGAGACUAACGUGGUGCUGCGCUCCGACGGGCACAUCACGUGGGACUCGCCCGCAAUCACCAAGAGCUCCUGCAAGGUGGACGUGUCCUACUUCCCCUUCGACGGGCAGCAGUGCCGCCUCACCUUCGGCUCCUGGACCUACAACGGGAACCAGAUCGACCUCCGCAACCAGCUGGACACCGGCGACCUGACGGACUUCGUGGAGAACGUGGAGUGGGAGGUGCUGGGCAUGCCGGCCACCAGGAACGUCAUCACCUACGGCUGCUGCUCCGAGCCCUACCCCGACGUCACCUACACCCUGCUCCUGCGCCGCCGCGCCUCCUUCUACAUCUUCAACCUGCUCCUGCCCUGCAUCAUGGUCUCCUUCCUGGCGCCCCUGGGCUUCUACCUGCCGGCCGACUCGGGGGAGAAGGUGUCGCUGGGGGUGACGGUGCUGCUGGCCCUCACCGUGUUCCAGCUGCUGGUGGCCGAGAGCAUGCCCCCCUCGGAGAGCGUCCCGCUCAUCGGGAAGUACUACAUCGCCACCAUGACCAUGAUCACGGCCUCCACGGCGCUCACCAUCUUCAUCAUGAACGUGCACCACUGCGGGCCGGGGGCUCGGCCCGUGCCCCCCUGGGCGCGCCGGCUCAUCCUGCACCACAUGGCCCGGCUCUGCUGCGUCUACGAGGUGGGCGAGAGCUGCAAGGGCCCCCAGCGGGCGCCGGGCGGGCGGGCAGCCGCGGGGGAUGUCAGGGCAGCGGGGGAGAGCCCCGGCGAGGGGCAGGUGGGCAGGGAGGUGAGGGGCUGCCCCUGGGACCACUGCCUGUGCCACCACGACGCCCUGCUGAGGAACGUCGGGUACAUCGCCGGCUGCUUCCGGCGCCACCGCGCCAACCAGCGCCGCACCGGCGAGUGGAAGAAGGUGGCCAAGGUGAUGGACCGCUUCUUCAUGUGGGUCUUCUUCCUCAUGGUCUUCCUCAUGAGCGUGCUGGUCCUGGGCAACGCUGCCUGAUGGCUUUGCGGGCCCGGCACUGCGAGCCCCCCGGGACGGCGGGGGCUGCGGGUGCCUCGUGAGGGUGACACAAAUGUCCCUGGUGCCCCCCAGAGCUGCAGGGUGGGAGCUGCACCAUCCCUGGGGAAGAGGUGCCCGAGGGUGGGACCCCCUGCUGCAGGGCUG